CAUUAUUUUUGAACUGGCCCCCAGAUCCUGCCUCUAGUUCUGCCUCUUGACUUUUUCUGGGAUUCGGCCACCCAGGAUCUCCGUUCUCUCCUCCUGCUCCCCAGCCGGCUGCAGCAGUACAACAUCCAUCCCCCUGCCCUCCCUGCCCCCAGAGACUGGUUGCCUCCUCCCUUCCAGGGCACACGAUGGCUUUGCCCUUUUAUCAGAGGUCCCACCAGCACUAUGAUCUCAGUUACCGUAACAAGGACCUGCGCACCACCAUGAGCCACUACCAACAGGAGAAGAAGCGCUCUGCCAUCUACACCCAUGGCUCCACCGCCUACAGCAGCCGGUCCUCUGCCGCACACCGCCAGGAGUCAGAGGCCUUUAGUCAAGCGUCAGCCGCCUCCUACCAGCAGCAGGCUGCGCAGGCCUACAGUCUUGGAGCGUCCCAGUACUCUCUAGGGUCUGAAGUCAGCCGGAAGACAGCCUCGGCAUACGAUUAUGGCUAUUCCCAUGGACGUACAGAUUCCAGUCUGCUAUUAGAAGAUUAUUCAUCCAAGUUGAGCCCCCAAAUAAAGAGAGCCAAGCGGAGCCUUCUGCCUGGAGAGGAGACAGAAAACCUGCCAGGAAACUACAUGGUGCCUAUUUACUCUGGACGCCAAGUGCACAUCAGUGGGGUCAGAGACACCGAGGAGGAGAGAAUCAAAGAAGCUGCUGCGUACAUAGCCCAGAGGACUCUUCUGGCGAGCGAGGAAGCCAUCGCAGCCUCCCAGCAGGCCACAGCCUCCAAGCAGUCCAAAGUCUCCAAACAGGCCACAGCCUCCCUUCAACGAGAAGAAACAUGGGAAAAGAAGUCGAGGAGCGUGGCAAUUCGAGAGAAAGCAGAGGAGCUGUCGCUGAGGAAAACAUUAGAAGAGACCCAAGCAUAUCAUGGAAAGCUAAACGAAGACCAUCUACUCCACGCUCCCGAAUUUAUCAUUAAACCUCGUUCUCACACCGUUUGGGAGAACGAAAAUGUGAAAUUACAUUGCUCCGUAGCAGGCUGGCCGGAACCUCGUCUCACAUGGUAUAAAAACCAGGUGCCUAUCAAUGUCCAUGCAAACCCGGGAAAGUACAUCAUUGAAAGUCGGUAUGGAAUGCACACUCUUGAGAUCAGCAAAUGUGACUUUGAAGACACGGCUCAGUACCGGGCCUCAGCGAUGAAUGUUCAGGGAGAGCUCUCGGCAUACGCCUCUGUUGUGGUCAAGAGAUACAAGGGGGAGUUGGAUGAGACUCACUUCCGUGCGGGAGCGUCCAUGCCUCUCAGCUUUGCUGUGACCCCUUACGGUUAUGCAUCCAAGUUUGAGAUCCACUUCGAUGACAAGUUUGAUGUGUCUUUUGGGAGAGAAGGAGAGACGAUGAGUCUGGGCUGUCGUGUGGUCAUCACUCCCGAAAUUAAGCACUUCCAGCCCGAGGUCCAGUGGUACAGAAAUGGAGCACCUGUUUCUCCGUCGAAAUGGGUGGAAACGCGCUGGAGUGGAGACCGGGCAACGCUCACGUUCUCUCACCUCAACAAAGAAGACGAAGGCCUCUACACAAUCCGAGUGCGGAUGGGAGAGUAUUAUGAACAAUACAGCGCUUACGUCUUUGUUCGAGAUGCUGAUGCAGAGAUUGAAGGAGCCCCCGCAGCGCCCUUGGAUGUGGUGUCUUUGGAUGCUAACAAAGAUUACAUCAUAAUCUCUUGGAAGCAGCCAGCUGUGGAUGGAGGGAGCCCUAUCCUUGGAUACUUUAUUGAUAAGUGUGAGGUGGGCACAGACAGCUGGUCACAAUGUAACGACACACCCGUGAAGUUUGCCCGGUUUCCAGUCACUGGUUUGAUUGAAGGGCGUUCCUACAUAUUCCGAGUUCGAGCUGUGAACAAAACUGGAAUAGGCCUGCCGUCUCGAGUUUCUGAGCCUGUGGCUGCCCUGGAUCCGGCUGAGAAAGCUAGACUUAAAAGUCGUCCUUCAGCACCCUGGACCGGACAGAUCAUUGUCACUGAAGAGGAACCCACAGAGGGGGUCAUUCCCGGCCCCCCCACAGACCUCUCUGUCACUGAGGCCACCCGGAGCUACGUAGUGCUGAGCUGGAAACCCCCUGGCCAGCGUGGUCACGAGGGCAUUAUGUACUUUGUAGAAAAGUGUGACGUGGGAACAGAAAACUGGCAGCGUGUCAACACAGAACUUCCGGUCAAAUCUCCUCGCUUUGCUCUGUUCGAUUUGGUGGAGGGGAAAUCUUACCGCUUCCGCGUCCGCUGUUCCAAUUCAGCAGGAGUCGGGGAACCCUCGGAGGCGACAGAAGUGACGGUCGUAGGGGACAAGCUUGACAUCCCCAAGGCCCCUGGAAAAAUCAUCCCAAGUAGAAACACAGACACCUCAGUGGUGGUUUCCUGGGAGGAGUCCAAAGAUGCCAAAGAACUAGUUGGGUACUACAUCGAGUCCAGUGUGGUUGGCUCUGGCAAGUGGGAGCCCUGCAACAACAACCCUGUGAAGGGCUCACGAUUUACUUGCCAUGGAUUGGCGACUGGUCAGAGCUACAUUUUCCGGGUCAGAGCAGUGAACGCCGCUGGACUUAGUGACUAUUCCCAGGAUUCGGAAGCCAUUGAAGUCAAGGCUGCUAUCGCGGCACCAUCUCCACCCUAUGACAUCACUUGCCUUGAAAGUUUUCGGGACUCAAUGGUUCUUGGAUGGAAGCAACCGGACACAACUGGAGGGGCGGAGAUCACGGGCUAUUACGUGAACUACCGUGAGGUAACUGGUGGGGUGCCCGGAAAAUGGAGAGAAGCCAACAUCAAGGCCGUCAGCGACGCCGCGUACAAGAUUAGCAAUUUGAAGGAAAACACAGUGUACCAGUUCCAAGUGUCAGCCAUGAACAUCGCUGGGCUGGGAGUGCCCUCCGCAGUGAGUGAGUGUUUCAAGUGUGAAGAAUGGACCAUUGCUGUUCCAGGACCACCACACAGCCUGAAACUCAGUGAAGUCAGGAAGAACUCCCUGGUUCUCCAGUGGAAGCCUCCAGUCUACUCAGGGCGGACUCCGGUCACUGGUUACUUUGUGGACCUGAAGGAAGCCAGCGCCAAAGAUGACCAAUGGCGAGGUCUCAAUGAGGCAGCCCUUGGGAACACAUAUCUGAGGGUGCAAGGCCUCACAGAGGGUGUCAGCUACGUGUUCCGCGUGCGUGCCAUCAACCAGGCGGGCGUUGGGAAGCCUUCUGAGCUUGCUGGCCCUGUUGUGGCAGAAACACGUCCAGGUACCAAAGAGGUUGUUGUAAAUGUGGACGAUGAUGGAGUCAUUUCCUUGAACUAUGAAUGUGAUCAGAUGACUCCCAAGUCAGAAUUCGUCUGGUCCAAAGAUUAUGUACCUACUGAAGACUCUCCACGAGUGGAAGUUGAAAGCAAAGGCAAUAAGACAAAAAUGACCUUCCAAGACCUCGGGACGGACGACCUGGGCACCUAUUCUUGUGAUGUGACAGACACCGAUGGGAUAGCAUCAAGCUACUUGAUAGAUGAAGAAGAAAUGAAGCGUCUGCUUGCCCUCAGCCAGGAACACAAGUUCCCAACUGUCCCAACUAAGUCAGAGUUGGCAGUUGAAAUUUUGGAGAAAGGUCAGGUCCGGUUUUGGAUGCAGGCUGAGAAGCUGUCUGGCAAUGCCAAAGUCAACUAUAUAUUUAAUGAGAAGGAAAUUUUUGAAGGGCCGAAAUACAAGAUGCACAUUGACCGAAACACUGGCGUGAUUGAAAUGUUCAUGGAGAAGUUGCAGGAUGAGGACGAGGGCACGUACACAUUCCAGAUCCAAGAUGGGAAAGCAACCGGCCAUUCUACUCUUGUUCUCAUUGGAGACGUUUACAAGAAGCUCCAGAAAGAGGCUGAAUUCCAGCGACAAGAAUGGAUCAGGAAACAAGGCCCACAUUUUGCUGAGUACUUGAGCUGGGAAGUGACUGGCGAAUGUAACGUGCUAUUGAAAUGCAAGGUGGCAAAUAUUAAAAAAGAGACUCACAUUGUGUGGUACAAAGACGAGCGGGAGAUAUCAGUGGAUGAGAAGCAUGACUUUAAGGAUGGCAUUUGUACUCUGCUCAUCACAGAGUUUUCCAAGAAAGAUGCUGGAUUUUAUGAAGUUAUCCUGAAAGAUGACCGAGGAAAAGAUAAGAGCAGACUGAAACUUGUGGAUGAAGCCUUCCAGGAACUGAUGACCGAAGUAUGCAGGAAGAUAGCUCUGUCGGCUACAGACCUGAAAAUCCAGAGCACAGCGGAGGGCAUCCGGCUGUACUCCUUUGUCACUUACUACCUGGAUGAUUUGAAAGUUAACUGGUCCCACAAUGGGACUGGCAUAAAGUACACCGACAGAGUUAAGAGUGGGGUCACUGGGGAGCAGAUCUGGCUGCAGAUCAAUGAGCCCACUCCAAAUGACAAAGGCAAAUACGUAAUGGAGCUCUUUGAUGGCAAGACUGGACACCAGAAGACAGUGGAUCUUUCUGGACAAGCAUUUGAUGAAGCCUUUGCUGAAUUCCAGAGGUUAAAACAAGCUGCCAUUGCGGAAAAAAAUCGGGCCCGGGUGUUGGGUGGCCUCCCUGACGUUGUCACCAUCCAGGAGGGCAAGGCACUCAAUCUCACUUGUAACGUGUGGGGCGACCCAACCCCUGAGGUGUCCUGGCUGAAAAACGAGAAGCCACUGGCCUCCGAUGACCACUGCAGCCUCAAGUUUGAGGCCGGGAAGACGGCCUUCUUCACCAUCUCAGGGGUGAGCACCGCGGAUUCUGGCAAGUACGGGCUGGUAGUGAAGAACAAGUACGGCUCCGAGACCAGCGACUUCACGGUCAGCGUGUUCAUCCCGGAGGAGGAAGCUCGCAAGGGCGCCCCCGAGCCCCAGAAAGGCAACCACAAGUCCAAGUGAGCGGAGCCUGGCUGGAGCUGAGGAGAGCCAGGGCCCGCUGAGCCACCCACCCACCAUGCUGCUGGGGUGAAAACGAUCUGGGUGACAGAUGGGGAAGGGCUCCCGGUGUCUCCCCGUUUUCUGCUGGCCCGGGAGGAAGUUAUCAUCAGAUCUCUUAUUCAUACAUAUGAGGCACCGAUUAGUGACACUGUAAGGAUUUUUCUCUGCAGUUCAUAUGGUAAAGCACUUUAGGAAAUGGUUUGAAGGAAGAAGGCCAGGAGAUGGUGGAGAGAUGUUGAGUGAGAGCAGAAGAAAGGGGGCAGAGUUGGAAGCAGAGGAAGUUUUACCUGUGAGUUCUUAGGGGUGGUGUCUGCACUUGCCAUUCAGUGAAAACAGAAGCACACUGUGGAGGCCGUGAGUGUGGCUGGUCACUGCCGCUGUAGUGAUGGUGCCUUUCUGACGGCAGCCUCGUGAUGUGGCCUCCCUCCGUAUGAAUAAAGAGUCUCCUGCCUUUCCUCUUC